AUGGCUGCCAGCAACAUGGUCAACAACGCCGUGGACCCGAACAUCGAGGAUGACCUGUUCCAAAAGGAGGUUGAGCAAGUCAAGAAGUGGUGGAGCGAGCCGCGAUGGAGACACACCAAGCGAUCCUUCACCGCCGAGCAGAUUGUCUCCAAGAGAGGCCACCUCAAGAUUGAGUAUCCGAGUAACGCCCAGUCCAAGAAGCUCUUUGAGAUUCUCGAGAACCGCUUCAAGAACAAGGACGCCAGCUACACCUACGGCUGCUUGGAGCCCACAAUGGUCACUCAGAUGGCCAAGUACCUCGACACCGUCUACGUAUCUGGAUGGCAAUCAUCGUCAACGGCCUCGGCCUCGGACGAGCCCGGCCCGGAUCUGGCAGACUACCCUUAUACCACCGUGCCUAACAAGGUCGCCCACCUGUUCAUGGCCCAGCUCUUCCACGACCGGAAACAACGCCAGGAACGCCUGAGCGUCUCCAAGGAGGCUCGCGCCAAGCUCGCCAACAUCGACUACCUGAGACCCAUCAUCGCCGACGCCGACACGGGCCACGGCGGUCUCACGGCCGUCAUGAAGCUCACCAAGCUCUUCAUCGAGAAGGGCGCCGCCGGCAUCCACAUUGAGGACCAGGCCCCCGGCACCAAGAAGUGCGGCCACAUGGCCGGCAAGGUCCUCGUUCCCAUCCAGGAGCACAUCAACCGCCUCGUCGCCAUCCGCGCCCAGGCCGACAUCAUGGGCUCCAACCUCGUCGCCGUCGCCCGCACCGACGCCGAGGCCGCCACCCUCCUCAGCACAAAUAUCGACCCCCGCGACCACGCCUUCAUCCUCGGCUCCACGAACCCCAGCCUCCAGCCCCUCAACGACCUUAUGAUCGCCGCCGAGCUGGCCGGCAAGACGGGCGACCAGCUCCAGGCCAUCGAGGACAACUGGCUGAAGCAGGCCAACCUCAAGCGCUUCGACGAGGCCGUCGUCGACGCCAUCAAGGCCGCGCCUCUUUCCAACAAGGACGGCCUGAUCCAAAAGUACACCGCCGCCGCCAAGGGCAAGAGCAACAACGAGGCGCGCGCCAUCGCAAAGGGCAUCCUCGGCGCCGACAUCCACUUUGACUGGGACUCCCCGCGUACGCGCGAGGGUUACUACCGCCUCAAGGGCGGCUGCGACUGCGCCAUCAACCGCGCCAUCGCGUAUGCCCCCUACUGCGAUGCCAUCUGGAUGGAGAGCAAGCUGCCCGACUUCAAGCAGGCGCAGGAGUUCGCCAAGGGCGUCCACGCCGUCUGGCCCGAGCAAAAGCUCGCUUACAACCUCUCGCCCUCCUUCAACUGGAAGACGGCGAUGCCCCGCGACGAGCAGGAGACGUACAUCCGCCGCCUCGCGUCGCUCGGCUACUGCUGGCAGUUCAUCACCCUGGCGGGCCUGCACACGACGGCGCUCAUCAGCGACAAGUUCGCCAAGGCGUACAGCCAGCAGGGUAUGCGCGCGUACGGCGAGCUCGUGCAGGAGCCCGAGAUGGACUCGGGCGUCGACGUCGUCAAGCACCAAAAGUGGAGCGGCGCGACGUACGUCGACGAGCUGCAGAAGAUGGUCACUGGCGGCAUCAGCAGUACCGCUGCCAUGGGUAAGGGCGUGACGGAGGAUCAGUUCCACUGA